CCGCAACUUGUCUUCGACGUUCACGUUCUUGUUUUCGUUAUUUUUCUUUAUUCUGAGAGCGCGAGCUCUUUAGAUGGUCGCCCUCACCUCCCUGAGCGCAUUUCUGCUCUUGACGACCCCAGCAAUCGCGCAGACUUCCCCGAAUGAUCCCCUCCGCGCGAUCGCCAUUGCAGCGCCGCCACCCCCAGAGGCUCCGAUAUGCUGUUUAGUGCAGCCUACGGACCAGGAAGCUACGGAGGAGGAUGUCUUGCUGUCCUUUGAAGAUUGGAAAGCGAAGCAGUUCGCGAUGCAGCAGCAGACGCAGACUCGCGCGCAAGGGGACGCAAACCGGUCAGAAAGUACGACAGGGAGCUCAGCGCCGGUUAACGCAGGAGAGACCAACUCAGAUGGCGGAGAGACGCAGCCCCCCGCGGCAAUGGACUCACCUGGCGGGACGGACGGCGCAGGCGCCGCGGCGAACGAGGCUGGGACUGAAGAGCCUAUGUCCCUUCACUUUAAGGUGCCGUUGACGGACCGCUUCAACUACGCGAGCUCGGACUGCUCCGCGCGCGUCCACGCCUUCCACAAAGGCGCCAAGUCAGCGCAAUCCAUCCUCUCCUCAAAGCGCGAUCGCUAUAUGCUUAGUCCCUGCGAUACAAAGACUCCACAGUUCGUUGUGGUCGAGCUGUGCGAGGAUAUUCGGAUCGACACCGUCCAGCUUGCCAACUUCGAGUUCUUCAGCGGGGUGUUCAAGGACUUUACUGUCAGCGUCGCUAAGCGGUACACCACUGACGAGUCGGAAUGGACGGUCGCGGGCACAUACCAGGCGAAGAACGUGCGCGGAGUGCAGUCCUUCCAUCCCCCAACGUCCCUACGCGACUUCUACCGUUAUAUCCGCAUCGACUUCCACUCCCACUAUGGCAACGAAUAUUAUUGUCCCGUUUCUCUCCUUCGCGUGUACGGCCUCACACAUCUCGAGCAAUGGAAAUGGGAGGCCUGGGAAGAAGAGAGCCGCGCGCGCAUCGCAGGGUCAUCCGCUCUUCCAGCCAGCUCUAGUGCGGACCCGACGAAGGUCGCCGAGGAGCCACAGGCAGCUGCCACCGCCAACGAGCAGGUCCCCUCUAGCGUCACGACAGACCGGUCGGGGCGCGGACCGAGAACACCUCAGACCACUGCUCUGCCAUCGACGACAGACGUCAGUGUCUCUGCGACUUCCUCGGCCACAACGUCAAGCACGUCGCCGAGCGGUUCGAGUGGCAGCCCGACGAGCCAAAGCGUCCCUACCGCGACUGUCGGGAAUGACUCCAACGCUCAGCCGACGGAUGGCUCGCAACCCACCACGUCUGUCACUCUUACCUCCGAGGGUUCCUCAAUCAGCAAGCCGCCUGGAGAGCAGGCCGAUGACUCGACCACCACCACUUCCAUUACCACGACAAUUACCGCUUCGCAAAAUGUCCAGACGGGCGUGAACAGCGUGUCGCUUGCACCGCCCCUCGCGGCGGCCACGGGGGAGUCUAUCUAUCGGACUAUCAUGAACCGCCUCACUGCGCUGGAGGCGAAUCAGACGUUGUAUGUACGGUACUUCGAGGACCAGGCGACGGGGGUGAGGGAGGUCCUUCGCAGGCUGACGGAGGACGUGGGACGGCUGCAGGCACUGGGCAAGACGCAAAGCCAGAACUAUCAUCGGACAGCGGCGGAAUGGGACCGCCAACGUCUCCGUCUGCAGGCUGACUACGACGAGCUGAUCAGCAAGGUGAACUAUUUGUCUGACGAGGUCAUCCUGGAGAAACGCCUCAGCAUUGCCCAACUUUGCCUGCUUCUGGCCGUCCUAGUCUUCCUUGCCAUGACGCGCGGCAGCAACGUCGACGUCGUACAUCCUUCGCCCGCCAUGCGCGCCUGGGGCCGCCGCAAGCUCAGCAUGAGCGGCCACUGGGUCAUGGACCGACUUCGCAACGGUCGGGGUCGGGAAGACAGUGACGCCUCUAUAUCUCGCGAACGUCCCGUGCAACGCUCGCGCGAACACAACGAAAUCCUCUCAGAGGAGGAAAUCCACAACAACCGCAUGAGGGACAUCAACUCCCGCUCGGUAGACCUGAGCGACCCCACUGGGAAGAACGUGGACUCGGACGUCAACAAGGAGAAUGUGCCCACCCCGAAGCGUCGACCUGCACGCCUAGUCAUCUCUACGCGUCCCCGGGCGCCUUCACUGCGCACGCCGACGCGACGGCAUAUGAACGGCGGCCUCGCGACCCCAACGCGUGCGGCACAUCUGCAGUGGCCGGCCACCGUAACGCGCGCCGUGGGCAUCGCGCUGGAUCGGGGCACGGGGACGCCGUCGCGAUCAGAGGCAGAGACGAUUCGGGCCCAGCGUCCGGCGACCGUGCAGCGGAGCUCUUUCGCGUUCGGGAAGCCCGAGCGGCCUGCUCUACUUCUGCGGUCGAACUCGGGAGGCACGGUGCUGCCCCCCAGCGGGUCGUGGCAUGGACCGCAGAGGAAGCCGCAGCGGUCGGCGAGGGCGGCACAUUUGCAUGAGGUGCAUGCGUCGUACUCGCGGUCGAGGGAUGGGGAGGAGAGUACGGAGGGUGGCAAAGAUGGUGGCGACAGGAAAGGAAAAGGGCGGGCCUCUGGUGGCGGUGAAGACGGCGACGAUUGGGUGGACACGUCGGAAAGCGAGGGUGAGGGCGAAACUGGAGAUUCACCCUCACACGGGCGUCGGGCGCGCCCUCGCAGACGGAAUAGCACACCGUCCGAGAGCCAGAGUAGUCGCUCUGGCCUAUCGCUUGCUCCGGGACCUUCUACCCAUGUCUCGCAUGCCUCUGCGCCGGACGCUCUGUCUACUGCCUCUGCCGCCGCCGCCAUUGGUAGCCCAGAGCGUCGGCCGCGGACUCCGCGGAGUACUUCACCGCCGGCGCCGGCACCUGUUUCGCCACGAGCUGCAUCUCGAACCUCUCCCGCUCAGUCAUCACCAUAUUGCGGGCCAGGUGCAUCGUUGCACGGACCGCAGUCACCCAUCCUUCCAUCGUCCCCACUGCACGUUAGAUGAUCACCCACCAGAUGGCCACACGAACGACAAAAAGCAACUACUCAUUGUCCAUCAAGGAUCUCACGGAUUAUUACGCAUCUCUUCACGAUACAUGUACCAUAUCACCCGCAAUGUCUUUUUCCUUAUUCCUGCAUAGUUCUCGCGUACAUAGAUUUUCUUCCUGCAUCUGCAAUUCAUUGGGGUUUUCUUCUUGGUUGCCCCGUUUGCCGUCAAC